ACCCGAAGGUCGUGUGUGUGAUUCGAGUAUGGCUGCCUCGUUGGUGUUCAGGAGAUGGUGCUCCACAACUGUAGCAGAAGCAGCAACAGCUCCAACGAAAAGCACACGAUGGCAACGGUUACGGAACGGCCGUGCAGGUAGGUGGUUGAGCGGCAUGUUUGUCGACUACAAGGAAGCCGUACGUGAGACGUUUGUGGGAGCCCGGGAGCGUCCCAUCAAAGCUGGGGUCUACCUCAGCCUGCUGGGGGGCACCUGGGCCUGCUUCUACACAAACCCUGAGGAUGGCUCCUUUGAGACCAGCCUGAAGGAGAGGGCCAACCAGCUGGGCCUCCUCUCGCCGUGGAUCCGCAAUGGUGUGUCAGACGGUCACAUGCAGAAGUUGGUCAAGCUCCAAAACCACGGCUGCCUGCGCCAUGUCAGCCUGGGAGUGCUAUCACUGACCUACAGGGCUGACUACGACCCAGAUUCCAGCUUGUACGAGGCCCGCUGCUCGGCGUUAUCAGUGCCCUGGCGUGAGCUGCCCGACCGGAUGCUGGACGUGGGUUUUGCUGGCCGCUGGUGGGUGCUGGACGCCAAGAUGAAGGACUAUGAUGUGAAUGACGAGGAGUUCCGUCACCUUCCACCGGCGCUCUUUGCCACGGUGCCGCCGGCGCCACAAGUGACGGAGCUCAAUGAGCAGAUGCACAAGGACUCCUGGAAGCCCAUUGCCUUGGAGAUGGACGAGGAGGAGAGGGAGAGGCUGAGGGCCGCCGAGCAGGAAGAGGGAGAGGGGGUGGGAGUGGAGGGGACCCAGAGUGAGUCUGUGGGACUGACUCAGGAAGAGGCUCAGACAUAAAUCUGUCCCCCAGACGAUGCACCGUGGAGGAAAUGCUAUCUGUCGGCUCACCUGCUGACUAAUUUUACAGACUAAAAAUGAGGGCAACCGUGAAGGGUUUACACAAAGCCAAAAAUGUGCUCAUCCUCAUUCAGAGGGAGAGAGAGAGAGAGACUAUUUAUGCCUUCAAAUAACCUAUAGGGCAAUAUGGAAGAAUAUUCUUACCAUGCAGUAUGUCAGCAGAAAUGUGUAAAUGUGAGCGCAAAGCAAAUUACUGACUGUAUUUCAUUACCUGACAUUUUCUAUGUUGUUGUCAUAACCAUCAUUGUAAUGGGAUUUUGGUUGCUUCUGUCAUUUACCAAAAUGUCAACUUCUGCUGUGCAGCUUCAACAAUUUAGCUACCAGUCGAAGUUAGGCAGAUUCUAUGGGUCAAGAAAAGAGAUGGUGGCCGUAGUGUCCCAUUUCUCUAAGAUGAGGGGAAGAGGAGGUGAAAGUUGGAAUAGGGAAUGGAACCCAAUAAAGUAUCUCACAAAAAGCAGCAUUUUACAA